AUGUGUGGCAUAUUUUUUCGCUCCAGUAGAAACCCGAUUGAAAUUCCGGGAUGGCUACCUGAGUCAUGCAAAUACGAAGUGUCAAGAAAAUUUGACAAAACAGCGGGAGUGAAGCUCACGGCAGAAGAUAUCACUGCGCUCAUUUCAAAAGGCUUGGCUUGCGAUGUCAUUUUAUCUGAGGACGACAGAAAUAAAUUGGCCAAUGUGGGGCGGCUUCGAGAAUUACAGGAACAGCUCAAUCACUAUAAAAAUAGCCAACAUAAGCAACAGAACCGUGAAAAAGCCGAGUCCAUCGAGGCAGAAAUGUCAACUCUAGUUGAAAAGCGCUCAGUAUCGAAUAGCGCAUCACGGAGUGUAGAGGAUAUAAAAGGCCCGGUAGACCCCCUUCGAUGUAUAAUGGCAAGAGGCCCUGAUUUUGCACAGCUCUUCAAUUUUGUUCACCAAGGAAAUCACUUACAAUUACUCUCUUCAGUGCUUUCUCUCCGACAACCGUUUACGGAACAACCUCUUGUUUGCGAAGAAUGGGUGUUGCAGUUCAACGGUGAGCUAUACGAUAAAGAAAGCCUAGAUGGGAACGACACUUCAUUUAUUAUGGAUCAACUUGCUUUGGAGCUCGCACGACAGAACCCCAACAAGGCAGAAGCCGUGGCUGCUACCAUCACAAGGCUCAAUGGGGAGUUUGCGUACGUGCUCUUGGAUAUUUUAGACAACACAGUUUAUUUUGGAAAAGACUGUGUAGGUAAAAGAUCGCUUUUAUUCGAGCAGAGUGAUGCUGGUCUCACUAUUUCCUCUAUCUUUCCAAGUACAUCGACUCAUGCUUUGGAAUGUAAAGGAAAUGUAAUGUACAAGGCAGACUUAUCGACCCAUACAGUUGAGCCAACCCACUUACGUCGAGCCAGCCCCCAGCAAAUGCAAAGCAACUCGCUUGAGUUUGAAGCUGUUGCUGUUGAGUCACUUUCUGAAAGCUUGCACCAUCGAUUGCUGAAGGCUUGUGAAGACAGGCAAAGUACAAUACAUCCUUUACACCCUCACUUGAAGGAUGCACGUCUUGGAAUUUUGUUUAGUGGAGGUCUUGACUGCACGGUUCUUGCUGCACUUCUUGCUGAGAAUUUUGUCAAGCGCAACGAGUCUUGUCUGAUAGAUUUGUUGACUGUAGGAUUCGAAAAUCCACGCACUGGGCUUUCGGCAGCAAGCUCUCCCGAUCGUAUUCUCAGUGAACAGUCGUGGUUUGAAUUAUGUCAGCUUUUUCAAGGGUCUGGUGUGGAAUUCAGGCUAGUUCAAAUCGAUGUUUCGUAUGCCGAGUGGCUUGCCCAUCGACAGAGAGUAAGAAGACUUAUAUACCCGUGUGCCACCGAAAUGGACUUGUCUAUUGCCAUUGCAUUUUACUUUGCGGCCAGAGCCGAGAAUUGCGAGCUUUUGCAAAUGAACAGCAACAUCCAGGAAAUAUCUUUGAUGGAGUUUAGACUGAGGAAGGGAUCUUUGGUCAGUCAACAGCGUGGAUAUUCAUCUCAGGCCAAAGUGUUGUUCUCAGGGCUAGGAGCAGAUGAAUUGUUUGGAGGGUACUCCCGACACGAGAACAUAUUCCACGGCCUCAAAGAGGACUCUCCAAGCACCGAGGUAUGCAAGAAAUACCAUGAGCUCUCGCUGUCAUUGAUGUAUGACAUUGAUGUGAUUUACGAGAGGAACCUCGGUCGAGAUGACCGAGCCAUGUCCAGCUGGGGCAAAGAACUUAGGUAUCCAUAUUUGGACAAAGAUUUCAUCAGUUGGGUCAUUCGGGAAGUAAGUCUGCAAAUGAAGGUUCGGUUCGAAUGGGGCACUCAAAAGACCAAGAAGGGAGAGAAGCGAGUUAUGAGAUUUGAGCGGAAGUUUAUUCUUCGCCGUUUGGCCGAGAAACUCGGGCUCGAAUUGGCAUCAAAGGAGAUAAAAAGGGCCAUUCAGUUUGGUGCCAAGAGUGCCAAGAUGGAAGUUGGUCAGCAUAAAACACGAGGUACGGAUGAGUUGUGA